GCUAAACACCGACUCGACAUCGCUCAUUGGUUUAACGUCAGUAUCCGAUUUGCUCUUCGCUAUCAUAACGUUCUCGAUACUGAUGCGAGAUAGAUGAAUGAGACUGGAAUGCCGCUAGGCAGGCCUCGACAAAUGAAUUAAAAGUUGUCUUCUUUUAAUUUGUGUAAAAGUGAUAUAACGUUGUAGAAGUGAUGUAAUUUGACUAAUUUAAAGUGAUGUAAAUAAACUGCGAUACGUAGAUUAAUUUUUAUAAAGUGGGACGGACUUAGACGGGUUAUAUCAAGUUUAUAAAUUUAAAAUAAGUUGUUUGUGAUGUGCAUUGAAAUCCGGGACUAAAAGUGACUGUAUGCUGAGUUAAAGAUAAAAUGAAAAUAUUUUUAGAGACAUGUGCUUCAUGAGAACUACAGACUUUAUAUUUGAUUUACGAUAAAGCUUCUUACCUGAGUUAGUUUAAUCAAAGUUGAAACUAAAAUAACUUGUAUUCAGCUAUUUGCAUACAAGUGAUUAAUAAUUAUGAAAUUGAAAUUAGUGCGAUAAUCAAGCGAUUGGAUACGUGCGUUUGUUUAAAUGAGCGGAUUAUUUUCGUACACCGAAUACUAACCUCGGCUCCUGAAACCACCGGUAUUCCACGCAGUGCGGUGAAAAAACAAGGAUAACGUUAAUUUCCCGGAAUACUCACCGGUUUGGAACGUUAUCUGCUUCAUUUUCUAUCAACAUCUGCGGUAAUUGCGUGGACGUGUUUGUAAUGGUUGUUAAUUAAAGUGGAUUCGGCUAUAAAUUUCAAUGCGUGAAGUUAAUUAUUGACAACUUAUAAAGAACAUAGGAUUUUUCCGGUACUUACCGACUACGUCUAAACCAGAUCAGUUAUAUUCUUCAGAUAGUGCAGAAAACAAUUAAGGGCAAAUGAACUGCAGUUCACUUUAAAUUACGAAGAAAGUUAAAUGCGCUCUGAUGGAAUUAGCUGAAUUCCGCUGCUACAGUUAACUCGUUAAUGCUUUCAAUUAUUUCAACUGAGAUCUGAGCGCCCGCCUAAACAGCAUGUGACACAAUGAGGAGUUGGAAAAUUUGGUCAUUAGCCACGUUGUGUAAACAGUUGACGUCAUUCUACCCUAUCCUCGUGCUGCUCAGUGUCAUGGUGACCGUGCUCGCGGGUGUGCCUUAUCAACUUCCUGUAUACAGUGAGACACCGACGAACGUAACCUUUUACAAAGGGGUGCGCGCGAUAUUGCAGUGCUCUGUGAAACAUUUAGGAACAAAACAGAUAAUCUGGAAGAAGACCACCAACGAACAUGUCCUUACCUUCGGAAACAUGGUGUUCGUGGAUGAUCCAGAUAUAAGUGUCGACCAUAUGCCGCACCGAGACGAAUGGAACCUUGUGAUAUCCAACGUCCAGCCACACCAUGCAGGCGUCUAUGAGUGCCAAAUCAGCACCAAAGAGGAUCUGAGGAAAUACGUGCAGCUCAACGUAUUGGAUGAAGCUGUUCCAAGACUUGUAGCCAUUAAAAUUGGAGGGAAAAGCUAUGUGGAAAAAGGAGAGAAGAUAGUGUUGACGUGUAAUGCCACUGGUGAACUGUAUCCCCCUGAGGACAUUGACUGGUUCUUGGACGGUCAGAAAAUCAAGCAAAACCAGUUAAGAGGAAUAACUAUUGCGAAAUUCAGAGUGGCGGAAACAAAGACGUUACACAGUCAGUUAGAAAUAGAUCACAGUGAAAUGAGUGACGGCGGAAAUUAUAUAUGCAGAAGCUCCGAUUUGGAGAUCACCAACAAACAUGUUAUGGUUCUUAAUGGUGUGAAUCCGAACAUAAAACCACGAUCUCAAGACGAACAAUAUAUUACACAAGACACGUCUAGUAAAGGUUCUGCAAAGCGAUCACGUAAAAAGAUUCUUGAAGAUACAGAGCUGGCAGAAACAAAUCACAGCAAAAGGGGAGGAACAUUAAUGGAUAGCAACUCGCCAUCUCAAUUGUCCGGUGCAGCAUGUACGUUGUCGUCCCUCUUCUAUAAUGGACGGUUUUCCUCGUGUGCAUUAACAUUCUUAGUUCUCGUUGUCACGAUUACAAACAUAUAUCACAGGCAGUGACAUAGUUGAUUAUGCCUCAGUGUCCGUUGGUGAAGUAUUCCAAUAACAGCUUGGAACGAAAUUCGGCUGUGGUUUUAAAUUUGAGAUAUAACUUGUGUAGAUGUUUGAACUAUUUGAAAUGUAAAAUCCAUUAGUUAAAUUGACUCAAAGCUGUAAACACGUGCAAGAACAUGUUACAGUUUUUGGCUGGGGACUCUUAUUUGUUUUGUCGCCAACAAUGCAGACGUUACAUGCUGGAGACAGUGAAUUUAUAUCUACACAUCGCUUAUCGUAAUGUGAGAACAUUUAAACAUUCUGAUACGGGGACUAGUUGUUUGCAUUUCAUACAAACGGAUUUAUAAUUGCGAUUGUGAAACGACAUAUACUUGCACCUAGACCAGUGUCCAAUGAGUUAUGACACUGGAGACGUAGUCAGUGUUUAACAGUUUGAAGUGUUUGGCUAGAACGUGAAUCAUCUCUAUUAGUAUCGAAUGUUGAUUUAAAACGGGUAUAUACAUUAAGAUGUGUGAUUGGUUAAAUAGUAGAGAGAAACAUAAAUGUUAUUUAUGAUUAGAUAUAAAUAACAUUUAUAUUGUAAAAUUGCAUGAACAUGUUCAUAUUAUUAUAUGAAGCAUUUUAUAAAGAUCAAAAUUUGUCGCAUCAGUAGUUUUUUGCAACCUUGGUUUUGUUGUUGUUUAAUUGAUUAUAUAGGUAUGAACCCAUACUAGAAUUUCCAUUAAUAUUCAUACAUAAACUUAAAAUAUAUCAUUGAAUCACAUUGGAUACAAAACAAACAAUAUGGGAAUUUAUAUUUUAGAUGACAUAAAAAAAUUGUACCCUAAACACUGAAUUAUACACCCAUUAAACAUGAUAGAUACGGUUCUGUUUUGAUUUGUCGGACAUUGUGCUGUGAGUGGUGUUAUUGACCAUUCAAAAAAUGGCAUUUACGGGUAACGCCAUGCAGACGGUAUUAUACUUUGAAUACAACUAACAAACGUACGAAGUCAUUGUGCAUUCUUUAUUAAUGAAUAUGAUAUCGCCGUAGUGGUGAUGCUUGUUGAUCAUAUGUGAACGAAUUGAUUGUCAUUAUUUAGUAAGACAUUAUGCCCUUGUUUCUCAUCAUUCCAAAGUUGAUCAUUCAGACCCGUUUAAGAUAAAAUGUUUGUUUGAUUUAGUGCUGCACCGAAUCCAAAAUUUCAAUCGGAUUCGAAUUCGAAUCCAAAGGCUCGUAUAUCGAAUAUCAGUUCGAAUUCUAAUUUGAAAGUAAAAAUACGCAUAAUAAAUUAUAAUUUAUAUUGUUAUAACCAAAAUUAUGUUUUGAAACACCAGAACGUAUAUAUGUCUUAUGAGAAAAGUAAUUAAAUUUUUUUAUUAUUAUAAACUUUACAACUACUAAUAUUUAUACUUCUUUAGCAGCAUUGGUAGAUGCAGCUGCAGCCGCAACAGCAGAAGUGGAAGCAGAAAUAACGACAUCAAAAACAAAAACAAAUACUAAGUAGAUAAAAAAAUUGACUUUCGUUGUUAAAAAAAAAAUUAUCCCCGGGUCCAGAUUCCGCAAAUUUCUCAAAAUCGCACACACACGAAAUAGUGUAAUCAUUUUAACGACAAACAUUAAUAAUAAUGUCUCAUAUUAAACACAUUUAUGUCAGUCAGAUAUAAUAUGAAUAACGCUGUAUUUUAACAAGAAAAAAACGCAUCACACGCAAUCUGCAAUAAGUUUCAAUAAAAUACUUCGUAACGACCACUUAUUAGUCAGAAUUAGUAUGCUGAUAAAACCCAUAAUGCUUCCACACCGAGAAUUUUAAUUGUUUAUGUGCAUCGCGAUUUUUCUUCUGCGCCAUUUUGCACCAUCGAAAACGAAAGUAGACUGUAUAGUACCAUGUUUUUGUCGAAAAAGUAGCGAUAAUUGUGACAAACUACAUACCAGUCAGCCUUUCAAACAGAAAGAAACAAUUUAACGAAACGUAUUAGGGCGAAAGAAACAAUAAACGCACACGAAAGGUUAAACUCAAAUAAAAUCCGGAUUCGAAACCGAUUUUACCAAUCACGGUUAGAUCCGCGAAUCCUCGUUUGGAUCCGCGAAUCUCGGAUAUUUCGGAUAUUCGGUGCAGCCCUAGUUUCAUUGUCUAACAUAUAUAGCUAUAUGAUAUGUCGCAUUUGUUAGUGUGUUUGUAUGUUCGAAAUUCAGGCAAAGCGUGCUACAAUUUUUAGCGAUUUUGUUUGUAUCCUCGUAAUAAAGGUAUUUUUUAAGCGUUGUGCUUCAAAAGGAAAACGCUACUAAGACAUGCCAUUUAAACUGAAAUUUUAGUAUUAUUUUCUAGAGUAGUUAAACUUCAAAACUGCAUUUGCAAUUGCGUUUGUAAAAACAAUAUGUGAUUUAUUUUAGUUUGCAUGGUGAACAUUGUUUUUAUUGAAUGAAUUUUGUUAUUAUUUCCUUAUAUGUAAAUAAUAAAUAGAUAAAUGGUG